UUCUUCGCGAACGUGCGCUACGACGUCACGGAGGACACGCUCAAGCCCUUCUUCGGCGCGGUGGGGCCCGUGACGCACGUGAAAAUCGUCCGCGACUCGUUCACGGGCCAGUCCAAGGGCUACGGCUUCUGCACCUACAGCGACCCGCUCUACGCGACGACGGCCCUGCGGUCCCUCGACGGCCAGCCCGUCGAGGGCCGCCCCAUCCGCCUCGACGACGCG